CUACUAGUUGAAUCCGAUGAAGUAGACGGCAUAGAGGUACCGAGGAAGUACGAGUUGUACUGUACGAUGUGUUGACAGAUUAGAAAGAUUCUGAAAAUUGCUGAACAUUAAUUGUAAUAAGUUUGAUCCAGGAAGGAGAGGAGAGAAGCCCUUGUGUCCUUGCGGUGAUGCCGGCCCAGCCCGCCGCCAAAGAGCCCGAAGAGGACAUGGAGACGGAGGGAGACUCGGAGGUGCCGCAGGCCAACGGCGAGGCGGACGAGGAGCGCGAGAGGGAGCGAGGCGAGGCCGAGGAGACCAUGGAGGAGAGCGGCGAGGAGCACGAGACCGACAGGGGCAGCGAGUCGGAGGAGAGCGAGGCAGAGGAGGAGGAGGAAGAGGAGAGCUCAGAGAUGGAUGACGAGGAUUGCGAACGAAGAAGAACAGAGUGCCUGGACGAGAUGUCAGAUCUGGAAAAGCAGUUCCUGGAACUGAAAGAGAAGCUGUUCCGCGAGCGCUUGAACCAGGUGAAGGUGAAGCUAGAUGAAGUGCUGUCGGAAAAGGCCGGGGAGUACCGGGAGCCACUGGCCGUCCUGCAGCAGAACAUGCAGAUGCGCACCCAAGUGGCCGGUAUAUACAAGGAGCUGUGCCUGCAGGUUAUCAAGCACAAACAUGAAUGUGAGCUUCAGGGUGCGAGGCAACACCUGGAGAGUGAGCGGGCGAUGCUGUACGACACCAUGAAGACAGAACUGCUGGACAAGAUCCGCAGACUAGAGGAGGAUAAGCAGAGUAUAGACAUCACCUCAGAGUGGUGGAGUGAUGAAGUGAGAGCCAAAAAGUGCAAGAGGAAGAAUCACAUCCUGCGGCCAGAGCGAAAGAAGAAAGCUGUUCUAGUUUCGGGACCUUACAUAGUCUACAUGUUACGGGACAUUGACAUCCUUGAGGACUGGACAGCCAUUAAGAAGGCUAAGGCAGUUAUUACACCCCUCAAGAAGAAGUCAGAAGUUCGGCAGCCUCUCUCAGUACGCUGUGAGGGGGGGACUUUGUACUACGAUGGAGAGAAAUUCUGCAAAGGCAACAGCGUUCUACUGGAGGUCAAUGAUGACAGUCCUGCACAGGCGGUGAUCACGGCGGUCAGCACGGGUGAGGUGUGGCUCAAGCGCACCGACGGCAGCAAAACCAAAAUUUACAUCUCCCAGUUACAGAAGGGCAAAUACUCCCUUCGCAAAGCCUGAAUGAUGGCUACCCCAACACACACACACACAAACACCAUCAGAGCAGCCUACAAUGAACCACAAUGCAAAACACACACGCGCACACAUUCAGGUUUCUAUGCGGGUUUUCUCUCUAAAGAGAACCGCUUGAAGUGAAAAAAAAAAACCAAGAGAUGAUUUUUGACCUUCAAAAGGUCCCUUUACCCUUUAAAGGUGCUCUUAAGCACAUACGUGAGGACAUGGCUUCAAGCAAUAAUCUGAGCUUCUAUAGACAGACCCACCCUCAGGAGUUCUGUCAAUCAUGCCAGCGAACUCUCAAACAGGUUCUCAAUGUCACCUCUUUAUUUUGUCAAAGAGUGUCCUUCAAACAGUCCACACAAGGGAACAACCUAGCUACUAAUACUACUAUGCAGCAAACACUGUAAUAUUAUGCAGAGCUUGGAGUCUACAACCAAAUCUUGGCCUCCCUCCACACGUCAUCAUGUGGUAAUCAGGAAGUGGGCAAUAACACGGAAGUCCACCCUCUAUCGUUGAGCAUACCAAAUACACUACUGGCAAGGCCAAGGUGACUGCAUUAAGCAAUCCAGCGUCCGUAAUUGUACUUGUUAAAAAGCGACCGCGUUCGGUCUGAUUGCACUUGAGAUGAAUGAGACUUCUGCACCCCAGACUGCAGCCGAGUCGGCGCCACAUCGGGCCCGGAUAAGGCCCACAUCAGGCCCGGAUCAGACGUGGGCCACAAGCCCGGCCCGGAUCAGUUGCUGACUGGGCUCUUAGUCUCAGACUUGACUUUAAACUCCCCUCUUCCCUUUGAUAUGAUUGUUGUGAUAACGCGAAUAAUUUAUAUUUGUUUGUAAAGCGGUAGGCUGGGAACAGAGGGUUCUUUUACGACUGUGUUUAAUAUAACCAUGUAUUUAUAACAGAAACGCUAUUAAAAUUCAGUCUUUUAUUAA